AUGGAAAAUGUUGAAAAAUGGAAAUAUGUUUAUCAAAGAAGGUUAGCAUAUGAAAGGGAAUUGGGGAAGGAUGCAUUUGAAUGUAAAAAGGUGUUGAGUCUGAUUCAAGAAGCUGGUCUGAUGAAUACUGUAACAGGUUUUGGGAAGUGCUAUGAGAUGCUGGUCAAAGAAUUUAUAAUGAACAUCUCCAAAGAGUGUGAUAACAAAAGGAGCAAGGAUUUCAGAAAAGUGUAUGUCAGAGGAAGAUGUGUGGAUUUUUAUCCUGAAAUAAUCAACAGGCUCUUGGGAAGAAAUGAAGAAGAACAAGCUGAAAUUGAAGUUUCAGAUAAUUUCAUAUGUAAAGAGAUCAUAACUAAGAAAGUAAAAGAAUGUCCAAGGAAAGGAAAAUUGUAUGCUAGUGCCUUAAGUGUCAAGUAUGCUAUUUUCCACGUAAAUGGAGCUGCUAAUUGGGUGCCUACCAAUCACACCACUAAUAUAGCUAUUCAGCUAGGUAAGUUCGUCUACAUUGUUGGGACCGAGUCAAAUUUUGAUUUUGAGGCUUAUGUUUUUUAUCAUACUAUGAAACAUGUUGCAUCUUAUGCUGUAAAAAUGCCAAUAGCUUUUCCCUCUUUGAUUUGUGGAGUUAUCCUGAGUCAACACCCCACCAUAUUGAUCAAUUAUGACAGUACCUACAAAAGGGACCCUCCUCUCUCAUUGCAUUAUAGACUGUUCAUUGUGAAACAUGUCCUAUACAUUGUCAUGACAUCUGGACAUACUUCUUUAAGGUCCACUGAUAGAACAAGCAUUCUUACUGAGCUGAAAGACACAUGCAAGACUUUGGAUGAGACUAUAAAGAAUUGUACUGAAAGGAAAUGCAAACUUGAAAUGUUGGUUAAGGCUCUUUCUGAAGAGGAAGGUGGUGAGAAAGAUGAUGGAACUGAUGAGGAAGAGGAAAAUGAAGACAUAAUUGCUACUAGUGAUGAGGAAGAGACUAGCAGUAAUGCAGAUUAA